AUGACAGAACCAUCAGCAACACCCGAAGUAACCAAGAAGAAGACUCUCCAUAGGGAACGAGGGAACCUCAAGCGAUCACUCACUGUCCUUGAAUCCAAACUGGCGCAACAACCAAUCUCGCAUGCCCUGGCGAAGUCAAUGAUCAUUCAAGUACAAGACCUUCAAGACCGAUUCUUCCCAAUUCAGGAGCAAUUGGAGGAUCUCACACAACAUGAUGUAAAGCUCUUCGAAAAGGAAGACAAGGAAGCCACAUCGUUCUACGAGCGAUGCAUGGAAAUCAAAAUCAAAGCAGGUGAAUCUCUCUACGAUGAACCUCAACAAUCUCAAGAUGACAGUGUUUCGUACGCUGACCAAGAUGACAUCAAGAAAGCUCUGAGCAAUCAGACGAACAUUAUGCAAAAGAUGCUGGAGUUUCAACGGAUGGGCUCCUCAUCCUCCAAUGGUGGUGGACGUACCAAGCUGCCACAAUUGUCGCUCCCAAGCUUUGACGGUCGUUAUACAGAAUGGCCUCGGUUUAGGGACGCAUUCCAAAGCGCAAUUCAUUGCAACAAUGAACUCAAGCCUAACGAGAAGAUGCAAUAUCUUAAAUUGUCAUUGACUGGGUGUGCGGCUGAGUACAUCUCACAUGUGCCAAUAUCUGAUGACAAUUACGAACCAACAUGGGCACGCCUCUCCAAGAGAUACGAAAAGAAAGGACACUUGAUGAACGCUUUCAUCGACGAAUUUAUGACACAAUCGAAGCAAAAGGUGGACAAUGCUGCUGACCUCUUGCAGGCCAGCAGGAAGUACAGACAAAUCGUCGAUAGUAUGAAAGCUCUUGGUGAAGAAUGCCUCUCAUUGGAUGUGUGGAUGAUCUACCUAAUGAAACAAAACAUGCACGAGAAGUUCCGCACGAAGUGGGAGGAAACCCGUGACUCAGAGAGCAUCCCGACCGUGGAAGAAUUCUUUGAGUUCAUGGACAAAUCAACGGAUGUUUUGGAGCGAGCGGCUGUCAACCUGGAGCCCAAGAAGCCCAAGCAACCUGAAACUACCGGCAAACCUGCCAAAGGGAUCAUCAAGUCUCACCACACUGAAGUGAGUCAAUCUCAAUGCUACAAAUGUGGAGCUGAUCAUGCGCUAUACCAAUGUGAUCAGUUCAAAGCUCUUUCUCUGGAUGAGAGAAGGAGACUCGUGACAAAAUCCAGUCUUUGCUACAAUUGCCUUCGCAGCAAUCAUUCCUCAAAGAAAUGUAUGUCGAAAUCAAGAUGUCGUGAAUGUCAAAAGCCUCAUCACACGUUGCUCCACAUGCCUCCUGAUGUGGCUCAAAACCCUCAAACUUCGGCGACACAGUCAGGGCCUCCUACUGUGCCGCAAACACAAGCUCCUUCUCAACCUGCCGCUCCCACAGCUGGCGGGAAUCAAGUCUUUAUGGGACACCAGUCAUUUCUUCCACAACGAGCUCUGCUUCCUACAGCACUCGUGUACAUCAAGGACGUCUAUGGAGUCAAGAGGAAAUGUCGGGUACUAAUUGAUGGAGGAGGAGAAUGCACUAUGAUCACGGAAGAUUGUGCACAGCGCUUGUCUCUCCCGAGGCAACCUGCUCGAAUCCCUGUUACGGGCGCUGGUGCGGUAACAGUCGGACAUACACGUGGAGUGAUCAACAUGGAGAUGAGCUCUACCUACAAUGAAAACAACAAGAUCAACGUACAAGCUUAUGUCAUGCUGAAGGUGACAUCCGAACUUCCGUCAGUUUCACUCACAGCGAUGAAAUGGUCUCAUUUGGAAUCGCUACAAAUGGCUGACCCACACUUCAAGACACCAAGUAAGGUGGAUAUCAUCCUUGGCGCAGAAUACGCUGGACAGAUUGAAAUGGGUGAAAUCAUCAGGGGAAAUGUUGGUGAGCCUAUAGCUAAGCUCACAAUCUUCGGCUGGAUAGCCACAGGACAAGUUUCAGCACAAGCUCACUCAUUCAAUUCCUUCCACACUGAACUUGAUCUCAACGAUUCACUGAAGAAGUUCUGGGCUACAGAGUCUGUGAUGCCAGCAAAGCCUAGACUCACUGAAGAAGAACAGCUGUGUGAAUCCCAUUUCCAGGAGACACACUCACGUGACGAGACAGGAAGAUAUGUUGUCGAGUUUGCAUUCAAAUCCUCUCUUGAGGACUUGGGUGACUCUGUGCCGGCAGCAAUGGCACAAUUCAAGGCAAUGGAAAGGCGUUUCUCACGCAACCCAGAGUUUCAUCAAAGUUACAAGGAGUUCAUGUCUGAGUAUAUAUCUCUGGGUCACAUGGAACUUGUUCCACCCAAUGAACCUGAGAAACCUCAUCACGGGAAGUAUCUGCUGCCACACCAAGCAGUUUUGAGGCCGAGCAGUGAGACGACAAAGUUCAGGGUGGUUUUCAAUGGAUCAGCCCCCACUCCGCCUCUCAAUGUGUCCUUCAACGACACCCUGGCAGUAGGUCCUGUCCUUCAAAGUGACCUUUUUACUUUGCUUGUGGGUUUCAGGAUGCACAAGUUCGCUUUCUCUGCCGACGUCGUAAAAAUGUAUCGGCAAAUUGGUAUCGCUAAGAAGCAUAGGGAUUAUCUGAGUGUCUUUUGGCGCGAUGAUCCAUCAAAAAAGUUGCUAAUUUACAGACUGACGACGGUGACAUAUGGCACCUCUAGCGCGCCAUACCUGGCCACCAAAGUUCUCCAACAGAUAGCAAAUGAUUAUCAGAGCGAAUUCCCCGCAGCAUCCCAGGCCAUCAAGUCAUGCUUCUACAUGGAUGAUUUGUUGUGUGGUGCUGCCACAUUGGAAGAAGCUAAAGCACUGCGACGUGACAUUGAAGAGGUCCUCAACCGAGGAUGUUUCCCGCUCCGGAAGUGGUCGUCAAAUUCACCAGCUCUACUCGAAGACAUCCCUCAAGAUAAGUUGGCAAUCACCCCGGAACAAGUACUUACACAAGCGAAAUGCAUUUCAGUCCUUGGGCUGGACUGGAAUACUGGGAAGGACAUACUCGCAGUGGCAAUCAAGGAUCCACCACCCGUAUCUACUAUGCGGGACUAUUGCUCAGCUGCAGCAAAAACAUUUGAUCCACUCGGUUUCAUAUCACCAGUCACAAUCAAGUUCAAGAUGCGAUUUCAAACCUUUUGGAGUCUUGGGCUGGAUUGGAAAAGCAAACUCCCUCAAGAAGUUGUGACCGAGUACGAGAAAAUCCAAUCACAAUAUCCAUUGCUGCAGAACGUGGAGAUUCCCCGGAUUAUUCCCUCUGAGAAAGGUGUGAUUGAAUUGCACGGCUUUUGCGACGCCUCUGAACGAGCUUAUGGGGCUGUUGUCUAUGCCAUGGGUCUCGAUGAGAAUUCACAAGCAACAGUCAAUCUGGUCAUAUCCAAAUCUCGCGUCGCACCCCUUAAGCCUCUAUCUAUUCCACGACUCGAAUUGAAUGGUUGUCUCGUACUCGCACAGAUGAUAGAGAAACUGAAGGAAUCACUACCGGAGUACGAAAUUCGAGUUCACGCUUGGACAGACUCUAUGGUUUGUCUUCAAUGGCUUCACGAUGAUCCUCGUAGGUGGAAAACUUACGUAGCGAACAGGACGAGUCUUAUUCUGGACAUUAUUCCACCGGAGCAAUGGCGACAUGUUUCGACAGAUGACAAUCCCGCGGAUUGUAUCUCCAGGGGUCUUUUCCCGGAGGAGUUUAUGCAGCAUACACUUUGGUGGCAAGGACCUGCGUGGCUCAAGGGGGGAGAAGCUCAAUGGCCUGCUAAGGCAAUCAUCACGAAGAAAAAGACAAACGAGGAGCGGACAUCGACUGUUCAGCUAUUCACAAAGAUGGAGGAUAAUCCUAUCCUCACAGCACUCAUGGAAAAGUAUUCGGAUUAUUUGUCAAUAGUCCGCAUGGUGGCUUAUCUACAACGUUUUGGGAACAAUCUACGGCAACCAAAGGAUGAACGUCAAUUGGGAUUCCUCACAGUUUUGGAACAAACACGGGCUGCACACUGCAUUUUUGUUCAAAUUCAGAAGCAUUCCUUUGCUGAUGAAUACACAUGUCUCGAGAAAGGGAAAUCCAUCCCUUCUUCCAGCAACUUGCGGCGUUUGGUACCCUUUUUGGAUGAGUUUGGGGUUAUGCGAGUUCUCGGUCGUCUUGGAAACGCACAAGUGUCAGAGAGGACUCGGCAUCCCAUCCUUCUACCUGGCAAACACCCAUUCAUUCGAAGUUUGGUUAUGUUCACGCACACUACUUAUCAACAUGCAGGAAAUCAACUCACAAUGGGAAUUCUGAGCACAAAGUAUCACAUCUUGGGAUUGAGGAAGCUUGUUAGGAGUGUGACUCAGAAUUGCAUCAAGUGCGUGAAGGCGAAACCCAGGACUGUCACUCCUCUUAUGGGCCACUUGCCGGCGGUGAGAGUGCAGGAGAAUCGGCCUUUCUACAAAUCCGGCUGCGACUUUGCUGGGCCGUUUCAGAUACGUACAUCCUACCUCCGGAAAGCGCCAAUCGUGAAGGGAUACAUAUUCGCCGUGGACAUUGCCAUACAAUCUACUGUGAUAAUGGCAGCAAUUUCGUGGGGGCAGCAGGAGUCACUCGAGAGGAACGUCUGA